AUGAGUUUGAGAAGAACAUCGUUGGUUUUAUACAUUCUCUUCAUCUUUCAUCUUCAUCACAAUUUCUUUUCAGUUAGCUCAGUGUCUUCCUCAGUUCAUACGAGCAAAGAAACUCUCCAUCUCAAUGAGUCAAAACCAGUUGUUGUUGAUGUGUUUGAAGAAAAGGCUCGAGAGUUAGCUGUCGUUAUCAAAAGAAGAGGCGGUGGAGGCGGCGGUAGCAGUAUGGGAGGAGGAGAUGGUGGCAGCAGUGGUAGCAGCACGAGUGGAGGAGGAGGUGGUGGUGGCGGUAGCAGCAUGGGAGGAGGAGGAGGAGGACGUGUUGUUCCGAUUAAUGCUGGUGGUAAUAGGACUCGUGGAUCGCAUCGUUCAAACGGCAGCCAGAAUAUUCGAGGAGCAGUAUGUGCGGCCGGUUGGUUGGGUUUAUCUAUUUUAGCCGGUUUAAUAGUGGUUUAGAAAGGUUUUUGUAUUGGUUCGCCAUUUUAAUUUGGGGUGUAUAUGUCUUGAAGGUCAGUUGUUUGGUAAAGUGUCAACGAUAUUCAGUUAGUACUUUUAUAUUUGUGAAAUUUCGAAAAGCAGAAAUCAAACAUUCUGAACACCAAGGCUUUGACUAUAUCUAUAUGUCACAUUUAGAGUAAAGUAAUCAAGGAAACAAAUUAAUUAAAUAUUAUUUACUCUAAAAGUUUAUCAGUUAGGUAAAAAUUAAUUUUCUUUUAUUUCCUUUAGUUUUUUUUGUUUCCUUUAGUUACUGCUAAAAUAAAGUAAA